GUUGUGGCGUGCGCCUGUAAUCCAAGCUGUGGGGAAGUUACAAAUUGAUGCAGAGGUUCGAGGUUCGAGCCCUGGUCACGUCUUUCGGAUGGUGACGUUAAAGGUCGGUCCCAGACGUAAAUAAUCAUAUCUGAUUGAUACACGUCUGACAAAACUCAAAUACACACACGCUAGCGGCGCGAGAUUCAAGGAGUGUCUUGGCCUAAACGUUAAUAGGCGUGUAUGAUGUGUUUUUUCUUUCCUAUAUAUUUGGAGGUCUACGCUGCAGAUUUGAGUGAAAUUCCUGUACUGCGAUCGAGGUAGCUCGUCUGAUCAGCUCAGCUCACCCAUGACCUAUAAACCGACAAUCAAGAUAAUUAACGUCAACCAGCUCAGAAAUAGCAACUCUGUUAGAUCAGCUCAGCUCACUUACGGCCAAACAACAGACGAUCAAGAAGACUAGCUUAUCUCAACUUAGAACAGAUCAGAACAAGCCUGAUGCCAACAGAUUUGAACCUCUGCGAAGCCCCUACUACCAGUAUCAAUUACACCAAACCCACGGUCCCACCGACUUGAAUGCGGCAGCUCCGGACAUCAGAUCAAGGGCCCGUUUCAUAAAGAGUUUCAAGUAACAUUGCCAUUAUAGCAACUACCAUGAUAACAAGGCUCAGCAGCCAAUCACAAUCAAGAUUUCUAUGGAAGUUACAAUAAUGGCAAAGUUACGAUUGUAAGUCUUUAUGAAACGGACCCCGGAUCAUCGGCUCACCUGCAAAGCUUGGAAGCGUAGCAACCACUUCGAUCGGAACACAUCAAGCGCUCUUGAAAGGAGUACAUCACCAGCACACAUACCACAACAUUAUGAAGAGGCAGAUGCCAUUGUGUUUAGCAACCAUAAAACAGGACUUUAGAGUGGCUGCAUUCCAGACUGGAGUGGAAAUCUUGGCCCUUUAUUUUUUCUACAUGACCAAUGCUAAGCAGGACAUCAGGGGGGACAUUGCUGUCAUGCGUAGGACAGUAGAGAAGGCAGAUACAGAGGUCUUCAAACCAGAGGAAGACAGGCAAAAACAGGACCUGUAUGUUCACUGUCUGACUGAGACUGUUGAGAGAGCAGAUUGCCUUGUAUGAAGGCCAGAGCUCAGCUCAGGUAGAGGAGACAAAAUCAGCCAAAGAGACCCUAUCAGAAGUUUUAAUGGAAAUUGAAUCCGUCAAUCUUGAGAAGAAGCAAUUGUUCAGGAGUGAAACAGCAGUCUGAUUGGAAUGAGACGCAGAGAUGAAGCACAUGCCGCUAUGUAGGAAGCCCUCAGUCAGCAGAAGCCGUAGCAGGUCAUGUCACUGGCCACCGAGAUCGAGGGUUACAGGAAGUCUGUCAUGAAGGAACAGGAGAACAACGAGACCCUCACCCCGCUCCUUCAGAAGAACGAGAUAAACAUCAACUCAUCGAGGAAACAGAUUGCAACUAUCGUGGAUAGACGGGAGAAGAUCAAAGAGGAUCAGUACUUAUUCACGUUUGCUUCAUGAGACGGAGCAGGCCCUCAACAGAGCAGCAAAGGAUGUCUCCAUGAAGGGGAUCAGAUAAAGAGUGUCAAGAAUGAAAGUCAACUGAAUAUAUUUUCAAAUGAAUGCAAGCAGAGAGUGCUAUCCAUGAGAGCAGUACUCUGAAGGGUUGAUCUGGCAGAAGUGGUCCAAGAAGAAGGAUGGAGCAUGGAGCUAGAUUAUAAGGAGUCAUGAUGGAGAAUGAACUCAAGAACCUUGGGUCAAAGGUCAAGAAAAUACCCAGAAAAAUGCCACCGGAACCAGUGCCAUUAUACCAAGGGAGAGAAUGCUAGACGAGGGACAAACGGAUUCUGACCAACUAGUCAUCUUGCCAAACAUAAGGAAUCUGUCAACUUUUCAAUGGAGGCUUAUUAGGAGAUGAUGAAGGCUGUGAAUGCUCUGGUUGAACUUAUGUGGCUCAGUGUACAACAUGAAUCCAUCUGCUAUCUGGUGUUAACCAUCUUCUUAUCAGAGAGAUUGUCUGCCAGAGACAAGGACUUGACAUCAAUCUUCAAGUCUUCAUCUACGUGGAAUGUCCGAUGUGAACAGUUAUUGGUCUUUGCGUGAAGUAUGCUCAACACAAGAAUGGCUUUGACACCAAACUCUUCAUAUGCACCCUUCAUCUUGUGUUAAUGAUGUAUUCUUGAUAAAGGGUAGUAUAAAGGGAUGGAAUCUUGACAUCAGUCAUCAUCUACUUUAUAUCUGGUGUCAGCCUAAUUCAAAUGGGCUCCUUCUUAUCAGUAGUACUGAUAUAGAGUGUAGAUGAUGUUUGAUGUUAAGCAUUCGGCUAUGUGGAUUUUUCUUCCAUGAAUGCAUAUAAUAUGUAUUGUUUCAGGAUUUUUUUUGUAGGUCCAAGGAGCAGGUCCAAGCUAUUAUUUCUUUUCUAAUAGUACAGUGAUAAGUUUAAGAGAUGUCUGUGGAGUUAAUUCUUUAAUGCAACUUUAUCUUGAUGAAAUUUGCAUUUAUUUUUAUAUUGUGCUGACUAUUCUGCAAAAGUGGAUCCAAAGGUUUUCCAGAGUUUUUCCCUACGGAGUUUUAUCUCUGGUUUUUUACCCUGGAUCUACUUGUCGUAGAACUAGUCGGGGGGGGGGGGGGGGGGGGAGGGGGGUGGAUGGAAUGGGGGUUGGGGUGUCUUAGAUAUUAUUUUUAGAGGAAUAAAAAUUUUCAUUACAUGUAUUUAUAUACAGCAAAGGCCCCAUGUAUACUUUACUUGCAGAACACUGCACGUUUUGGGUAGAAUAUCAGAUUUUACACUAAUUUACAAAAUUAAAGAAAAAAAAGGAAACUGUUCCUGAUCAAAGAGCCAAUCUUCAAAGCAUUAAUAUAUGCCAGUAUUGUGCAAACACCUGAUGCAGUGAUGCCUUAGUUCAUAUAGUAUAACGUUAGGUGAAUCAAGCUUUGUUUAGGUUUGGAAAUCGGUAUUGGUUAUUGAGUCAGAUAUGGGUUAAAUUGAUUUACAUCAACAUUAUGCAGAGCUGCCAAUUAGUGCUGAUUUUCAGUCAUUAGUACUGAAAAAUGAGAGGAAUACUUAUGGUUUCUUGCAAAUUAUUGAUUAUUGAGUUGGGUUGCAUGUGUUGUACUAUGACAAAAUAUUUGAGUACAUCUUCAAUCUAGGCUCAUGUACACAUAUGUGAGAGGAUCUUAAUAAGAUUUUAGGGUCACAAGGUCAGGGGCCAUAGGUCACAGGGGUCGUUAAUUCAAAAUAUUAGAAGUUGGGUGUGUAAUAUAUUCUAGAUCUGGCAAUAGCGUAGGCAUACAUUUUUAAAGUGUGUAGUAGAAAAUCCCAUCUGUUUCUAUCAAAUUUUGCAAAGUCCCACUGAUAUACAUUCAUGGUUCCAGUCAUGUGUUCCGGUCUGUGUGGUGGGGGGGGGGGGUCUUAGUGAAGUAUUAGUUUCUGAAAAGUUUUUACAAAUGUCAGAUCAUUUUGAAUGAAUGAAAAGUUUAUGAAAUUAACAAAUGAAUUCUGGGAAGUGUUUCACAAAUAGUUUAAACUGACUGAAACUCAUGCUCAAGUAUAAAUAUGAACAUUAUAUAAUUUGCAGUCUCAUGGAUUAAUACAUGUAUGAAGUAGAGUGUAUCCUCUGAUUCUGAUCCGACCAAUAUGGUGAUCUUUUAUUUUCCACACACAAGUGGAAAUGUAAGGGCAAUUUUUAGUCACACUUAUAAAUAUUUGUGAAACACCUCUUUGAUUUGUCUCUUAUGUCACAUAUUUAUAUCAUAAAGCUUGGACCUGCUCUACUUGUAAAUUAGGGACAGUGAUAUUCUGUUUACCAGUAAAUCUAAACGUUAAAUCUGUUUCGGUUCUUUACUUUCUGUACUUUUUAUGUAAAAAUGAUUUGAAUUUACUUCUGAAAAAUGGAAUUUCCAUUCUAGAUCAAGUUUCAAACAGAGUUACAGGCUUCC